AUGUAUGUCAGCAUUUUCUCUCUCCUAUUUCUCUAUCGCUUGCGACAACUUUGCUUCUCUUUCACGUGUGAACCGUGGCACCGCCACUUCCUGUCGAUUUUCGAUCGCCGUCUGCACCAAUCAAAGGAUGGAGGUCGAACUGGAAGGUUUGCUCAUCUACCCAACCAUGAUGAUCCAACUAUUAAGUCACGACCAGUCAAGCGUGGAGUUGAUUCGUCGUUGCUGACUCCUUUGGAGGUGAGGAUGGCGGCGGCCAAGAAGGAGAGAGAGUCAUCUACAACGUUAGCGGUUAAUCCCAAGGUGGACAAGUCCGGCCCUACAGGGGAUGCAGGUGUGUCUGAUCUGGUUGAUCAAAUCUGUCAGGCUGGCGAUCUUGGUACUUUCUCAAGUCUUUCCUUGGAAAAACAAAGGGAAGCGACCUUUCAUUCAGCACUUACCCGUUAUGAGAGGAAGAAGUCUGAUUUAAGGGCGAUGAUAUCUGAGCUGAAAAGUUUCUUUGCUGAGAAGGAUUCCAAUUUUAGCUCUUCUACUGCUGACUUGGCUGGUCGAAAAGAUGCUUACUUUCGUCUUGAGCACAAGAAUGCCAACAUCUCUCUCAGUUAUGACAAGCUUUUGGCUAGUGUGGCCCUUUUGGCCUAUGUCGAAGACGUGUCGAUGAGUGUGGCCCUUUUGGCCUACGUCCAGAGAUGUGUUGGUGAGUGUGGCUCAUUUGGCCUACAUCCGAAGACGUGUCAGCGAGAGUGGCCCGUUUGGCCUACAUCCAGAGACGUGUCGGUGAGAGUGGGCCGUUGUCCGGAGACGUGUCGAUGA